GUGGGGGAGGGGGUCGAUGAAGUUGGCAGAACCGCCAUCUUGAAAAGUACAGUCCGAUGAUCUACCUUUUCGCGCCUGCCAGAACCAGUUUUUAACACAUAAUUUUUCUUUCUGGAACCUGAUAUAAUCUCCGGAUUUGUGUUGGUAAAGCACAGGGCUAAUGGCGGGAUAAGAUACAGGCUUGAGAGUUGCCGUUUCCAGCUGCCAGUCGGUGUGCUCUGAAGAGUUUUAUGUUUGCUUUUGGUUGGCCCGGCCAACACCUCUGUCUUUCUGCCUGUCCAUCUGGCUCUCCUGGAAUGGGCCACAACUUCCAAAGAUUUGGAAAAAUCUCUAUUUAACGUGAGCUCCACAGUCUGGACUCUGAUCUAUUUACAGAUCCACCAUGUUUUGGAAAUUUGAUCUCCACACCACAUCCCACAUUGACACACUCCUGGAGAAGGAGGACGUGACCCUGACAGAGGUGAUGGACGAGGAUGACGUCCUGCAGGAGUGCAAGGCUCAGAACCACAAGUUGGUUGACUUCCUACUGAGACCACAAUGCAUGGAAGACCUGGUCACCUUUAUCACGCAGGAGCCUAGUGCUGAUGUCGAGGAAAAGGUUAAAUACAAGUAUCCCAACAUAUCAUGUGAGCUGCUGACGUCAGAUGUGAGCCAAAUCAAUGACAGACUGGGAGAAGAUGAGAAGUUGCUGAUUAAACUAUAUGGUUUCCUUAAGAACGACCCGCCCCUGAACCCCCUCCUAGCCAGCUUUUUCUCCAAGGUCCUGUCUAUUCUUAUAGGACGCAAACCUGAACAGAUUGUGAAUUUUUUAAGGAAGAGGGACGACUUUGUUGACCUGAUGAUCAAGCACAUCGGGACGUCCGCCAUCAUGGACCUGCUGCUCAGAAUGCUGACGUGCAUUGAACCCCAGCAGCUACGGCACGACGUUCUUAAUUGGCUGAAUGAGGAGAAAGUGAUUCAGAGGUUGGUUGACAUGGUACAGCCCUCUCAGGAUGAAGAUAGACACUCCAAUGCCUCCCAGUCUUUGUGUGAAAUCAUCAGAUUGAGCAGAGACCAGAUGUUUCAGGUCCAGGGCUGCUCCGAGCCGGAUCCUCUUUUGGCUACACUGGAGAAGCAGGAAACGGUGGAGCAGCUGCUCUCGAAUAUUUUUGAGAAGGACAAAAAUGAGUCUGCUAUAGUCAGUGUCAUCCAGAUCCUGCUCACGUUGUUUGAGACCAGGAGACCAGCGUUCGAGGGUCAUAUGGAAUGUCCUCCUGGGAUGUCUCACCCUUCAUUCUCAGUCAACCACAGCAUCCUUGAGGCAGUGAGACCCCGGAUCAAAGAUUUUCACCAGCUUCUGCUUGAACCCCCAAAGAAGAAUGUUCUGAAGACAACGUGGGGGGUGCUGGACCCACCAGUGGGCAACACGAGGCUCAAUGUAGUCAGACUGGUUGCAAGUCUGCUGCAGUGCAACACUCACAGCAUCAAUGCAGAGCUCAUAAACCUCAAUACCCUGGGAGUCAUACUAGAUAUGUAUUUCAAAUACAUUUGGAACAACUUCCUUCAUAUUCAGGUGGAAAUCUGCACAGCAAUGAUUCUGGCAAUGCCCCCAGCUCCCCCAGACGGCCAGCUGGACGGGGAGCAGGAAGCCGCACCGGAGAGCGCCCUCAUCAAACACCUGUUUCAAACCUGUCAGCUGAUCCAAAGAAUCGUUGAUGCUUGGCACUCCAACGAGAAAGAACAAGCAGAGGGUGGUCGGCGGCGAGGCUACAUGGGACAUCUCACCAGAAUAGCCAAUUCUAUAGUUCAUAACAGUGACAAAGGUCCUAAUGGGCUGCAGAUACAGGGGCUCAUCUCUGAGCUACCCACGGAGGACCGAGAGAACUGGGAGGCAUUUAUUUCUGUGCAGCUUGCUGACACAAACAAGAGAAACACUGUUGACCUGGUGAACACUCAUCACAUCCAUUCCUCCAGCGAUGAUGAGGUGGACUUUAAAGAUGGUGGCUUUCACCAGGACUCUUCACUUCAGCAAGCCUUUUCUGAUUAUCAGAUGCAACAAAUGACGUCCAAUUUUAUUGAGCAGUUCGGCUUCAAUGACGAAGAGUUUGCUGACCAGGACGAUGUUGUGGAUAUUCCCUUUGAUAGAAUAUCAGACAUCAACUUUUCCCUGAAUACAAAUGAAAGUGCAAAUAUAGCGUUGUUUGAGGCACGCUGCAAGGAAAAAAUCCAGCAGUUUGAGGAUGCUGGUUCAGACGAGGAGGAUAUCUGGAAUGAAAAAGAUGUCACCUUUGUUCCAGAGGCACAGAGACGUCCAAGGAGUUCAGGCAGCACCGACAGCGAGGAGAGCACUGACUCUGAGGAAGAGGACACAAAGAGAGAUCCUUUUGAGCCCUGUAACCCAGGCACAGAUGACCGCAUGGAGGUAGACACAGCACCAGUGUGGACGGCCAACUUUGAUGACAUUCCCAUGGAUACGGGCACGUCAGCAGCUGCUGUCUCCAGCCCCAGCAAGCCUGAUGCAUCCUCUCCUUUGUCUUCUACCACAGAGGUUCCCACAGAGGCAACAUGGAACUCCUCUGUUGCACCUGCAGCAUCAGCAUCCAACUCGGAGACAGGCUGGGCAGAUUUCUCCAGUUUCUCUCCCAUCUGUCCCAAAGACCCUUUAAGGUGCAACUCUCCUGUUGCUAUGGAAACCAGCGUAGAAACCAUAGACCCUCUGGGGGUUAAUGCACCAAUGCGUCCCGAUGAAUGUGACGGUUGGUUGGGAGGCGAUGUGGUUUUACCCUCGUCCUCAUCGAAGGACUGUGAGAGAUCUACGGUGGUGGAAGGAACAUCCAGUCUGGAGCAGCGGAGUAUUACAGAGACCGUUAUCAACGGUUCUAUGAAGGAAACUGUCAGUCUAACAGUUGAUGCCAAGACUGAAACAGCCGUUUUUAAGAGAGUGUUGAAAUCUUAUCGUGAUGAAGAGAACCUGGCUUCUUCAGAGAAAUACUUGGUGGUGGAGCGUGGGGAGUCAGCAGUAAAUAGCUUAGCUACAGCCGGCUCUCCAAACCCAGGUGAGAAGUGUCGGCCCGCAGCGGAGCUUCCUAAUGGACCUCUAAAAGAAAUGCCUGACAUGGAGGACGGCAAGUUGGACAGGAAUUCUGUCUCGUCGGAGCAAGCCAUAAAUGGGCCAGCGUGAGGAGCACGCUUACUAAAGGCCAGCUUUUUCUCCCAGCAGAGGGUACUGCUCAAAGCUGAACCAAUCACAUGUCCCAACAGGACCAGCAAUACUCCCAUUGGCUCAUUAUGGCGGAAAGGCUGACCUGGUGUACAGAAUGACCCCUCAGAAACAAGAUGAGAGAUGGACUCAGGCGCAUAGAGAAUAAUUUUUGCAUUUGUUUAUAUACUGUUGUUCCUAUGAGGUGAUGUGCGACUGAUAUCUUGACACUCAAAAUGAAAAAGUAAUGUUGCUAUAGUUAAAGACCUGAUUGUAUGAAUAAAAUAUUUUAUGAAAAGAAAA